CUCUAUAAUGUGUUUUACUAUUAUGAUUUUAAUUUUAUAUUUAUUUAUUUAUUUAUUGAAUAGGGUGAUACUCUUCGUUAUAAACCCAACAAACAGCUCGAAGAGGAUUUGCUGGGAAUCCUCACGCAGAGAAAGAAACAAGUCUCUGACACCAACUCCCCAUUCGAAGCCUCACCACGGUCGGUGAUAACACAAAAAUGGUUUUAUUAGCCCCCCAUAUUUAGGGUCGUUUUAAGACAUUUCAUAGUCUCAUUGGUUGAUAUGUCAUCAAAUAUAUGCUUAAUUCAUUUAUCGGAGAAAUUAUUGUCAUAUUAGAGUUUUUUAGAUGAUACAAUGUUAGGUAAGAAAAAGGGGUUACAACUGUAGAAUUAUGUGCAAAAAUGAGAGAUCAUGGCCGAGAAGCUAGGGUGCAAAGAUGAGCAUCGAGAUCGCGACCUUCAGUGGCGAGGAGGAAAUUCGAUACAAGAUGACUUCCAUUUCCAAUUCUUACACUUAUUGCAAAUGGGAAGAUGUGGAGAAGGAUUGUGAACUAGUUACUCCUCCACCGACACCCCCUUCCAAGUCUUGAGAUUUAAUGUUCAAUAUGGUGUCUCAUGUCGACCUGAUGGAUAUAAGUAGUGAUGAGAAGGGCAAUUCAAGGAAGACUAGUUCACCCAAUUCCAAGAAAAUGAAAGAGUUGCUUCUCAUUUCUUAUCAAGCAAAGUUAGAUCGGAGGAAACUUUGAAAUUUUGAGUUUGAGACAAGGUAUUCUAAGGGUAAGAUGAGAAACAAGAUUAAGAAGCACGAUGGAAGUAAACUACUUUCCAUCGAAGAGAAUGGAGAAUCCGGGGAGUGCUACAAGCCACUCACGGAUGAGGUUCUUAGAGCAAGGAAGCUUAAUAUCUUUAAACAUCAUCAACCGGCCGAACAAUGCUUUGGGUCACUAGCCAUGGACGAGGCGGCCGAGAGACUUCAUAGUCUUCACUUUGGGCUACAUCACAAGUUUGAUUACUAUGAGGCAUCAAAUGUGGAGGAUGGAGCUAUCCUCACUUAGCUUGCCAAAGGAAAGUCCUACGAAAAGACUUCAAAGGCGCGCUAGUUGGGAGGCAACCCAACACUUUCGGUUUGCGUAUCUUUCUCUUUUCUUUUGAAUAACUUGUUAAAGUUAGGGAUUGAUUAUUUUAGAUGAUGAAUGAUGGAACUUUAGCCCUUUCCAUAACUUAAUUUCUUGAAUGAAUGUUGUAAUUGAUGAUUGAAAUCCUUAGGUGUAGUUGAAAUUUAAUCAUUGCUUGAAAUGGGCAAGAUCGCGGCCGCGAGGUUAAAGAUCGCGGCAGAGAUCUUUGGACCCCAGGCCGCAAUCUAGCCCGCCCCUAUUUAAGGAGGAGUGAAUUAUCCAAUGCAUGUGCUUUCUCUCCCCAAAAUCUUUCAAAUCUCCUAUACUAUGUUCUUAAAGUCCUUUAGUACCUUUUGACCUUACUUUAUCUCACUUCAUCUUUCAAACAUCUUUAUUGAAGUAUUGCAUAAUAUCUUUGAUUAAUAUCAUGUCUCCAAGCAAAGGUACUACUGUUUUUUUUUUAUCAUUUGAGUAUGUUAGCUAGGUCAAAAUAUGUUCGAAAGCAAAGUGAACUUUGGUCCUUUUUAGGGCUAUAACAUGAUUUCUUUAUGCUAUAGGAUGAAUAUUUAUGCUUUCAAAAAUAUGUUAUGUUUAUUGGGAGACUUUGGUGGGAUAAUUUGACUUAGUUUUGUUGUUCUUAAAGUUCGCCCACCAAGUGUUCGAAGAAAUUCACCACUCACAUAUCAUGCAAUUUCUUUGAUCAUAUCCUAUGCAAUUGAACUUAUGAUUAUGCAUGAGCCUUGCAUGUAUGAAGUUUGAUUUAUUUGUGGAGUUUUGAGUAUUAUGAGUAUUGAUUAAUCCAUACCUCUCUAUCCAUACUCCCUUUUGAAUACAUAUUCUUACUUAAGUGUGCGGGUGCAUAGAUACUUGCAAGAGCAACCUUCCAAGUUCAAUUGUCGAUUUUGAGUGGAAUAUUGGUGUUUUUAUACCUUUGGUUCUGCACUUCUUUUGUAGGGUAUCCAACAAGCAUAAACGCAUGGUCCGAGGAGAGAGUUCUCAACUGGUGGAGAACUACAUCUCCUCUAGCACCAAUUCUGAUUCAAAGAAGAAGAAGAAGAGUAAACCCCGCCAAAGUUAAGUAAUCAUCGAGGCACCAAAUCCACAUCAACAACAACCUUUGGAGCAACCUCUUGGAGAUCAACUAAUGAUACAAGAUGAAACUGGAGUUUCUAUGGAGCAUAUCACACAUUACUUUCUGGAAGCUAUUCCCGAGCGCUUCACCACAAAACUCCUAUGGCUCCAAAGCCUUCCCUUAGGCAAGAGCACGUGCCUUAUUUGGGGCGAGAGCACAUGCCUCAUUUGGACUCUAUUAGUCAAGGUUGGGAUCGAGGAGGCUAUACGUGCAAAGGUCAACAAGCCAGAGUGUUGAAGUUGCUAAGCAUUAAGGAGAACAUUUAUAGAGUGCUCGUUCUGGAAUUCCUUAUCACACUCACCAUUCAAGGUCUCCGAGGUGUUGCAGAUGUAGAGAACAACAUUAAAUUCAGACUUGGAGGAGAAUAUCACCAUAUGUCGAUUGAGUAGUUCACAAGAGCUUUAGAUAUAUAUCCGACGGACUUUAUGAUUUCAUUGGAUGACUUUUCUACCUUGACAAGAGAGAGCGACUUUCCAUGGUUCAAAGCUUUCUAUGAGUCUGAAGUCAAUGAAGCAGGUAACUAACAGUGGGAUGUCAAGUUGUCUAAGCUAGUGAGUUGAGUUUGGAGUGGAGAUUGAUCCACCACGUGAUUGCUAGGUCUGUGGGAGGUAAAUACAAGAGUAAUGGCAACAUAACUGCAGAGACAUCACAUUUCUUCAUAGCAUGCAUACUUCUCAGCCCUUGCAUCUCGGUUUGGCGAUCCUCUACACAUUGAAGUGAUAUGAGAAUGAUCAUUGGCUUGCAGGAUUGCACGGUAGAGUGUAUGUCACCCAACUUGCUCGUUUCUUCGGGGUUGACUUUCAAGCUGUUAAAUUUCGAAUGGACUCGAAGAUGAGACCUACUUCCUUUGAGUCCCUAAAGUCAAAUAUUAAGGUUGUGACCCCGAGUGAUAAUGGUAUUUGGGGUCUCCAAGGUAUUCCCUUUCCACUCACGAACAAAUUGGAUGUAGAAGGCACGGUGUUUCAUCUUUCGGCUCCCAGCAACCAACAUGAAAUGAGGCAAGCAGUGGAAGUGGAUUGGCAAGGAAGAUCAAAAAGCAAGCAUGCAAGAGGCGGAAGUGACACAUAAACCCAACUACCAUCUGACAAUCUCAACAAUCAAUCAAGCUAGAGAAUAGCAUAUACCGAGGCAAUGGUAGCGGCCAUCCUCCAUAACAAAAGAAGGGAGAAGGAAGCAAGGCAACAUCUAUUGUGUGCAUACAUGCGAUAAUGGAGAAGAUGGAGAUCCAUGUAGCGGAUAUCUUCCCACCAUUUGUGCUUUCUCCUUCCCCUGAACAUCAUCAAGUCGAAGAAGAGGAAGAAUCCUCCUCGGAGGAUUAAGUCUUAGGUAUUAAUGGCCCACUUUUCUAUCUUUCAUGUCUUUACUUUUCUUUCUUUUGACUUCAAAAAACGUAAAUUAUUAUGUUUUAAUUUCCAUACUUCGUACUUUUCAUUUCCUAGUAGUAGUAACUAAAAUACUUAAUUAUCUAUGUUAUUUUGUGCCCCAUAACUUUCUUCUAUUCUUUCUACUUAUAAGCUUUAUCGUUAUAUACCAACCAAGAAGACAAAGGCCUAUACUUGUGCACCAACAACAACCGAACCAAACACCGUAUAGUAACGAUUGAAUGAUACGGGAAUGACUCUUACCAUAGUUAGUAGCAGCUUCCCUUAUUCAUGAAUGUAAGACGUUGAUGAUCGUUUGAGGGAAUGGUUGCUAUCGAUUUAUUGUGUUUUGGUUUGUUGAAUGACUUAUAUUUUGUAUUUGGAACCUUGAUGUUAUACACAAAUGUUUUCAAAUUUGAGGGCUCCUAACAUCUUGUAUCUACCAUAUAUCCCCUCAAUAUGCUUUAAAUUGCUAGAUAGUCAUUAUGGCGUGCUUUAUAGGAAGUAGUUUGCAUUUACCAAGACUGUCGGUGUAUGAGGGAUUUUACUCUUAUCUUCCUCUUUGGUGAGUUGAUAAUGUUUGCUACUUAGGUAAAUACAUGCGACUCGCUCCGCAUAUCACAAUAAUAUCCCACCUAAGGCCCAAGUAUAAACCUUAGAUGGGUGCAAUAUAGGGCAAGUAUGUUUAAAUAUCAACCCGGGCCAGCCCAUGUACCCCUACUUCAAUCGUUUGAAACAUUAUCUAGCAGAAUGUUGAUUGUUGAAAUCUCUACAAUCUAUUAUUUAAAAGCAAGACUUGAAAAGUAAAAGGGUGGAAAACUCUUGGUGAGAAGCUUCACUCGGGAGUUGCCUCCCCCUAACUAACUACCAUAAAUAGUGGGAUCGAAUGACUCGGUGUGUGACAAGGAUAUUAUGACCCGUAGGAGGUUCAACAAUGGUUAGAAACCAUUUUCUCAAUUGCUAGGCCAAGGAAAGCAUUAUAGGCUACAAUUGUAGCCCACUUGGCUCAAGCAAUUGAGGGUUGACUUAUCUUCUCCCUCAAACCAAGGUUUGGACAGCAUAAUCACAAUUAAGCUGGGUGUCUAAUUCAAGUAGAGGUUUGCCCUUCAUUAACCUAGUUAGGAAGCAUGGAAUGUUUAAGAAAACCCAGCUCAAUUUGAGCCUCUUAACAAAAGGGGACUUCUCUCUAACCUAGGUUAGAAUAGCACAAUAGAUUGCCAAGCACACACAAUGCACAAUCACCAUGAAAAACACCUCAAUUCUUAAAUUAAACACCACCAUCACACAAUCAUUCAAUCCACACAAUCAAUUACAUGAUAGAAGUUAGGGUUCUACAACACCCAAGUGAAAAGGGAAACUACUUCAUGCUAGACAAAGGAAGAACACAAAGGAUGAAGAAAGAAACCAUCAUUGUGAUGCCUCCAACUCUCCUUGUGCUUGUAGGGAUACUCUUUUGAAGAGGAACUUCCAAAAUCUUCACUUGGAGCAAACCCUAGCCUCUUCUCCCUCUUGGUUCAUACUUUCUCUCUCUAGGGUUUCAAGAAGAAGAAGAAGGUUUCUCUCAAUUUGGGCUCUCCCCUCUUCUUCCUUUCAGCUCUCAAUUUAUAGUCAGAUCGAGCCUAGCUCACGGUCCCAAUUCACGAUUGUGAACAUCAGGCUGGGACCGCGACACAUAUCAAAACGCGUAGCUUCACUUAAGGCAUUCACGGUCCAUGGCUCUAGUUCACGGUCUAAGCAACCGUGAACUGCCUUGGCGUCAGUAACCUCUGAAACCCCUCUGGACUCUUCACGGUUCACGGUUUAUGGUUCCAGUUCACGGUCCUGGCGACCGUGAACUCCAAUGUUUGACUGCGAAUUGUGGCUGAACCUCCUCUUUGCCCAGUCUUUGUUCCUUUUCUUCCAACUUUCGACUCCGGGGUUGGUUUCACCUGUUAGACUCUAAAACAUAUAGAAACACAACAAACCUAGCGUAAAACCACCCUUUUAAGAGCUCAAAUGCCACAAACGUCAAGAGAAACGGGGAUAAAAGGUGUACAUUUAGGCCUAAAACUGAGUUAAGACUAGGUUGCAGUUUUAGGGUUAGAAUGGGUUCCUUAGUAGACACGGCGACGAACCUCUAUUGUAUGAAUGCCUUCCUAAAACAAUGCUAGAGAAGUCGCACGUUAUUUGAUCGAAGCACGUCUCUAGUAUGCCUGAUAGGUUAAACAUAUCAAGAGAGGAACUAUGGUAGCAACCCUAGCACGUAAAUUUAGACUAACGUGACAUUGGGUCUUUGUGGUCCAUGUUAGAAGGACAAGAGUAGUCCCCCAAAAUCCCCAGAUUAGGGAGUUUCGCAUCCUAUCCUGUAAACCCAACAUAGUUAGUCAUUUACAUGAUAAACCUAGUUUGGGGCGGGGCUUGCACCUCGAAGUACCUUGUUUUUAUAUUUGCUUUCUCCCACCAGUAUCUUUCAAUCAACCUCCAACUCAAAAACCUAAAUCGGUUGACUAGAUAACAACGAAGUGAGAAGUAACCUAGGGUAUCAAAACCUAUGGAAUACGACCUUGGUAGCCACUAGACUAGCAAUGCCAGUAUGUGUUAUACUUGACUCAGAAUGGGGGAGUUAGGUAAGAUGUGAAAAUGAUUGACAACACACGCACGGGGGUGGUAGCAUUUAUGAGAACCAUGCAACCAAUAAGAGAGGACCAACAAGUUUCGACAAUCAACUCACACUUCUUGUUGUCUAUGCCCACGAUUAAGAUUGUAACUGUGACAUCCUGGAUAGCGGCCAUGAUGUAAGGCCGUGAACUUUCCAUCCAACAAGGCAUAAAAGGUAGCACCCGAGAUUGCGGCCUCUCCUCCAAAGAUCACGCUUGCGAUCUUCACCUAUCCAGUCUUGAACUUUACCAACAGUCAAAUCUCUAUAAAUAUGGGAUCCCUUCCCCUUCACAAAACGAGAUGAAAUCACUUGGUGAAAUUCUAGUUUUGAGAGAGAAAUUAGAGAGAGAAUCAAUAGGAGAAGAAGAGAAGGAGGAGCUAAGAAGGAAAGGAGCUCUUCCCCAACUCAUGUCUUCUUCUAAUUCUUCAUGUGUAUCUUCUUACCCCAUUUAUGGGGUAGUAACCUAAGACACUAGGGGUUUAAUCCCCAAACUCUACAUUUAGGUUUUAGAAUGUAUAAGGUAUUUUGUUAGGGGUUGUGUAUGAAACUUGUUUAUUUAGUGAUUGAAUGCUUUUAUCUAUGUUGAUUAUGCUUGGGCUUGUCUCCCAUGUGAUUUUCAUGAUUGCCUACCUAGGGUUUGCAUUGAGAUGGUAUGGAAUUGAUGUGACUGGCAUGAUUGGGUAGAUGAAUUAUAUAGGGAACCAAUUGGUGGAUGAGGUGACCAUCCCUACCAAUCGGGUACCCCUCCUAGAUAAUUCUAUGGUGAUGCGUGAGUGACCAUCGACAUGUCGAGCUAGUGUGCAGAUGGGUUAAACCCAUUGGAAGGGUCUAUGUCGUAUACCUAGUAGGAUCAUUAUAGGAGGGGGGCUAUUUUCAUGACCGUUGAGCUAGUUCGCAUAUAAGCAAGUCCCGCAUCUUCGUUCCACAAACUAACAUUUUGACCUUUUGCAUGACUGACCUAUAUUCUAGGGCGAGGGUGAUUCUCCUAGUAUCUGCUUUUAUCUUUGCUCCUUAAGCUAGUAUUAACCAUUUGACCUCCAAAGACAAUGCUAAUCUGAUCGACUAAAUAACAACAAAGGAAAAGUAACCCAGGGUAUCGAAACCAGUGGACUACGAACUUGGUCGACCACUAUAUAACAACUCCAUCUUGAGUUAUACUUGGCUCGAGAUUGGUUAGUUUAUACAAUCCAUGCAAUCAAUUGAAUAAACCGCAAGGGGUCACACACCAGUCGGUAUCUUCCCUCCGACAUUCAUCUCUUGUAAGGCAAUGUGUAUUAACCCUUCGACACGGGGGUUUCAUGGGUGGUGCGAAAUCUUAUUUGGAUGGUUGAAUGGAAUGUUUCCUCUGUUUUCAUUGAUAGCAACAAGAAUCAUGUCUACAAGGGAGGCUCUUCUAGUUCGACCAACACAAAUGAUGAUUCAGUGCAUCGGUGCGACCACAAAGUUCCAUGCAUUAUGAACAAUUCUGGAACCUUUAGGAAUCGAUGAAGAUAAUUUUAUUGUUGCCCAUAUUGUAAGGUAAUUUUAAUGUAGUUGGUUACUUUGUUGUUUGUUUAUCUUAACUCUAAAUUGUCAUUGCCAUUACUAACUUUUGAUUUUGUAGACCGAAGACUAAAGGUUCCUCAUAUGGGUGGAUGUAUAUGAACUGCACAUGAGGAAUGGUUCAUGGGUUGACUUAAAAGAAAAACUUAUGGAAUUGGAAGAAAUGAAUAGAAAGGUGUUAACUAGAAGCACAUAAGAUCAUGCAAGGAUGAUAUUGGAUCUGAGCAUGUUGAGCAGUGUGGUUUCUUCUGUUGACAUUAUGAUACGAAGCUUGAUGUUUUGUGUAAUUCGUGCAUGGAUUUUUCUGCAUUUUGUAUAUUUCAGGGAGUUCGAUUGUUGUGGCAAACAAUUGCAGAAUAGUUAAUUUGAUGUACUGUUAUCACUUUUACUACAUUUGACAACUAAUGUAACCACUGUCACAUAUUCCAAAUUUUAACCAUUCCCUACUAAUGUAUGCCUUAUUAUGUAGCUAUGCAAUUGGUCAUUCCCAGUUAGACAAGAGUUUCAUCGUACCAUUCACAACUAACUUGACCAUUCACAACUAAAUUGGUGAAAGAGUGUACAAGAUGAAUCGAGCUUUUACACAAAUACAAAAAAAGGUGAACUAAGUCAACACAAAAACUCAUUCAGUUUGAUCAUCUGAUGCUCUACUAACACACUGCACUACCUAGGUUAUAUACCAAUUCACAACUAAAUUAGUGAAAGAUGUUGCAAGAUGAAUUGAGCUAUUACAAAAUACAAAAGUGGUGAAAUAAGUCACCACAAAAGGUUCAUUCAGUUUGAUAAUCACAUGCCCUACUAUCAGGUUGUGCUACCUAAGUUAUCUACACAUUACAUAUAUAUCAUUCCAGAUCCUGCGUCUGAGGUGGUGGUUGAGUUGAAGGCCCUUGAGUGACAUCAAGCUCGGCUGGUUGGGAUCCCUAUUUUGUUGUAGACGUACAACCAAACACUUCAAGAUUAGUAUAUAUAGAUUCUCCACGUAGGCAUCCCUCUUUUCUAUAUCAACAACCAAAUUCCCAUGAAGAUGCCGACCUUCUGCAACCUACACUAAUGAACACAGGUAUGAAGUGAUGAUGUGGCAUUUUAACACUUCAAGUAUAGAGGAAUGUACUAAAGUCAAUCAUGAUUACUUGUUCUCCUCUAUUCACUGGACAACUCCUAGCAUUAUGGGAUGUGGACUUGCAUAUAUAACAAUGCAAGACCCUCUGUUGAAAUUCAAGGAAGCAAAUAAGUGAAAAAGUAAAGGAAGUAGAAAAUUGGUUUAAAUUGCAUACAUGUAACCUAAAAUCAGUUGUAUCUUAGGUCUUUUUGAGCUUCCAUGCUAUUGCUCUCCCCCACAUAUUCCUCUCCCUCUCUCUCUCUUAGAACCACUUCCUCUCCCUCGUGUGGAGCCACUCCCAUGAUAAGACAAUACAUAGGAGCUGGGGCAUUUUCUAGCAUUAUGCCCAACAACCCUACAGUUGGUGCAAUGCAUCACCAUUCCCCCCUUUUUGCUAUUGUACUAGCAUGACUUCCAUUCUUGUUCACUCUCAUCUCCAGCUCACGUGCCUCCUUUCUCCUUUUCUUUUUUUGGUUGCCCCGACAUUGUCUUAUAAAUGGGAGGGUAAAUUAGAUAACCAUCAGCUUGAGGCUAAGCCUAUUGCUCUACCACAACAGGAAUGCUACCAGCAUAUGCCUUCUAAAUGGUGGAUACGAGGUAGUUAGGGUCCACAAAUUCCUCCAACUAUAGCCUCAGCAACCAUAUAACAAACAAUGAGUGGCACCAAGGAAGGCCACUAAAAUUCCAUGCCACACAAGUGCAUGUACGAGCCUGCAGAUUAACAAUAUAUGUUGAUGCCCCACUACUAACUUUUGCCACAAGGUAUGAACUAGUUCUGGCAACAGACUUUUUAGCUUUCGCAUCCUAUGCAGUGACUGAGCUCAUGCCCGCUAGACAUUUUAACGAUUGUAGCUUCUCAAACUCCUAUGUUUCUUCCUCAUUUGGAUCAUAAUGUAACCCCUAAUGGCCUCCAACAUUUCAAAGAUCCUAUAAGCCCUAAACUUCACAAUAACAUUAUUCCAUCUUUCCCGUAUGUUUCUUUCCACUGAGUCUAAUUUUAGGAUUCUAGAAAGGAAAGCACGAUAAAAUGUCUUGGGGUCUUGCUCCAUAAAGUCCUUAAAUGGGUCAUCACAGUUUGUGUACCUUGGAAAGCUUCCAUCUUGCUCAUGGCAGCCCUAAACACUGACUCAUUCCAUUCAUAAACAACAUCCCAAUAUUUACUUCACAUUUUCUCGUUGUUGACUUUAACCUUCCAAUUUGCAAGCAAGUGUUGGGCACACUUCCUAUGCUCCACACUAGGCAUCAAAAGAUUGAUGGCUUCAACCAACCAUUGCGAUAAUAAAGCAAUAAGAAUUACACAACAUCAAACCCCAUCCAUGAAUCCCAAUUGUAACACCCUACCCUGUACAUUUUGCCUGAUCAUAUUGCUCAUACGAUUGCAGUAGAAUUUAAAACUGACGUUACAUUAAUUACCAAAAUUGGUCCAAAAUAAAAUUUCGACGUGAAUUACUCGCGUAAUAGGCUAACAUUUCUUGCAACUUAUCAUGCAAAAUAAUUCAUCUGAAUCCCUACAUUCGUAGACAUACAUAUAUACUCAAAACCAUAUACAUUGGCUUUCAUAGCCAUAGGCACAGUUUCAUACUCCACAACUGCAUACCUUACUAAUACAUGCCAUAGUCGUCUCAACUUACAGAACCACACAAAUAUACACAUAUCAACUUUCCACACCUGUGAAUAUGUAAUACUAUAUCAAAAGCUAGUAUGCACAUGAAAAACAUUCUCAAAACAUUUUUACAAAAGAGGUGUGGAUCACUGGCCAAAAUCACGAGUAGUCGUCCAAACACAGAAUAGUUGAAGACCAUACCUCAUCUUGCCUUCAACUCUUGCUCAGCUACCUCCUAUAAACCUAUCUACUGCUGCUAAUGAAGAUCUGCUUACACAUGGCAUUAGCAAAGAAAAAGGAUAAAAGAGGGUCAACUCAUGGUAAGUCAAACAAUCAUUGCAUCGUGAGUUCAUAACAAAGCAUACCCCUACCAUACAUCUAGAAAUCAAGCCAAAACACUAUGAUCGGAUCUUAGCCAUCCUCAUAUCCCGAUGGGCAAAAGACUCAACCACCUUGACUUACGCAUAAGCAUCUUAUCAUGUUUUACUUAUAGGCGUCUGGCUACUCGCAUGCUAAUAACUCUCUCGGGCCACCAUACACACCCAGCAUCCCGUAGGAUGUGGUCAUACAUACAUACCCCCAUACCACCAUAGGUGAAACCAUACCCGACACCACUCUAGGUUUGGUCAUAUCUCGUGAAUAAUCUUCAGUCACCACCAAAUGAGAGGUGUGACUAUCAUGCAUAUCAUAAUCUUCAGUCAGCACCACAAGAGAGGUGUGAUAUCAUGUCAUAACAGAGUAAUAGCAUGGGGAGCCCUAAUUACUAUGUAAUUGACCAUGAGACCAAAAUACUCUUACUCGGUAUCCUUAUACAUGAUUCAUAUAUCAUCUUGUUUAAUCAUAAUUCAUUACUGUACAUGUUCUAGACCUGGCCACAAUUGGCUCAACAUAUGUAAACCAAGAGUUGUAUAAUUGCACUUCCUCGGGAAAAGCCCUCGUGCAAGUCAUCCUCCUUAAAACAUCAUAAUAUCAUCAUGGGAUAUACAUUCUCUCACUUGUGCAUCCAAUACAUCAAUCAUGAAAAAUCAUACUCCAUCACCUUAUCGAACCAUCAUAAGGCAUAUCAAUAGUCAAGUCCACAAUUUGCAACAUAUACGCAAUCAUCAACAUAAACAAGGUCCAUAUCGACUAGGGAAAAUCAAUAAUGUCAUACAGCAGUCCAGGUUUCAGCAUAUAGCACAAAAUUUUAUACACCCCUAAUCAUGUCAUUCUAGUUCACCUAGGUCAAUUCUAAGCAUCAAUAUAAUUAUCGUGAUACGACAAACCCGGUAUGUCGUGCUAAUCCCUCACUCGUUCAUGCCGUUUAAACACUGGUUUUAGCCUCCUGUACUAAAAUUUGAAUUUCACAAACGAAGCCAGAAUUCAAAUCCGAGAGCGUCCUAAUAUCCCCUGCAGUGUCCCUAUCAAUGUUAGUUCUAGGCUUUGGAUCAAAUUCUCGAUAAAAUAUAUCAAACCCUAGCCGGAGCUAAAAUUUAGCGAUUUGGACCCCGACCUAAAUAAUUGCCGAAAUUCAUGGAUUAGAAUCAGAGGAUUAAUUACCUCACUCCAGAAAGCUCAUAUAUGAAAUAUGAGCUCAAUCCGGCUUCCGGAUACUCCAAAACCUUGAUUUGGUUUAUCGGGAACUCAAGAAAUUCCUAAACCAAAAACUUGUUUUAAAGCUCUAAAUUGAUAAACUAUGAUGUAUGGAUGGAUUGACAUUACUUACGAAAUUUUAGGAUCACUAAAACUGGAGAAUCAAACGCUGAAACUUUUCCCUCGCCCUGCCCUGAACUCCUCUGUUCGCUCUGAUACCCUCGGUCCAGAAAAAGAAAAGAAGGAACAUUUUUAAUGUACUGGGGAAUAAAGAAGAUUGAAUUAAUAGGCGGCCCCCAGACCGUCUCUUUUAUUUUAUACGUAAUUUUAUAUAAUAUAUUUUAUUUAUUCCG